AUGUGCCUCUGUCUGCCGCCCCAGCUCUACACAUGGGUGUGCACGAUCAAGGGCUGGGUCGUUCUCCAGUCGCUCCUUCUCGCCUCAGAAUACUUUGCAAUCUGCUGGGCUUUGCGCUACGUCGUCUUCCCUCUCCUCAAGUCCUGCUUCGAGAACUUCCUCGUUUACCAGAUCCUCCAUGGACCCCUCGGCAACUGGAUCACCCUCGUCAAGGCGGCCUUCUACGCCUCGCUCGCUUGUUUCGGCGCCGGAAUCGCAGGCAUCAUAGGCGCGCUCUUUGAGAUCCAGAUCCUCCUCUGGCUCUACGCAAUUUACCUCCUCGGCGCAGGCGCAAUUGGCGCGAAGAAGCUGUACGAUACCCUCCAGUCCGUCUUGGCCGAGAUCGACAACGUAAAGAGCGCUUGCAAGAAGGUGCCCGGCAUCUUCAGCGCUUUCGGCAUCGACUGCGACACGACGUUCGACAAGUUGCAGACAUACACCUGGAUCGGCGCCGGCAUCCUCCUCCUCUGCCAGUCCUUGACGCUCAUCUGCGUCGUCGUCCUCAUCCGACGCAUCCACAAGCGCACGGGCUUCUGGCUCUUCACGUUCUGCGGUCACCCGCGGCGGAAGAAAGGGCAGCAACAAGCCGACGACGGGGAGAAUCUGCUCGGGAAGAUCCCCUUGGGCAGGCAGCGCAGGCGCGCCAUAGCGUCGUUGCGAGCCGCACGGUCGAGCGCGAGCGGCGCGGGUUCGACAGCGACCGUGCGGGAAAAGGUCGCUUCGCUCCCUCCAGCUGAGUUUGAGUUGCCCCGCCGACGCUCGCGAAGGGACGAACGGAGGAAAGCGUCGAGGAGCGGUGCCGAAGCAGGAAGCGGGUCGGGCGGAGGCGAUGGAGCUAGUCGAGGGGCUAGCGAACGAAGCUUUGAGCAAACGAAGGAGGACAUGCGGUUCAGCAUCGGUAAGAAGGGGAAGCGGCGGCGGAGAGGACGGCGGCGCCUGGUGACGAUGGGCGGCAGCAGGUCGGAUGCGGGCGAGGACGGCGGCCAGGCGACAGACACUUCGAGCUCGUCGACGUAG